AUGUCCGAAACAACGCCUCUGCUCCAGGAUGCUGGACGGAACCCUGAUUCCACUGGGCCGACGAGGCUAACCCACCGUCGAUCAGCAGUGAUUGUCCUGAUCGCCAUCAUAGUCUUCAUCAUUGACCUGGGCGCGUCAAUGCUGUCUGCAUCUCAGGUCGCGGUAUAUGAAGAAAUUAUCUGCCAACGCUAUCUGAGUGGGAUCUCUCCUGUCGCGUCGCCUGAGACUUGCAAAGCUGGCCCAAUUCAAAGUGAGCUCGCGGCGGUCAAUGGAUGGAAAAACACUUUAGACAUGAUCCCAAGCAUUGUGCUAGGUACGUCAUACGGCUUCAUGGCCGAUAAAAAAGGUCGUUGGCCUGUCCUGGUCUUGUCAAUGGGCGGGAUGCUUCUUGCCCAGACCAGCCACCUGGCGAUAUGUUGGCUGCAGCCAGCAGUGCCUCUGCGUGCGGUUUGGCUCCCUUCGUUCUUUCAAUUGAUCGGAGGAGGCGGCGCAACCGCCACGACAGUGCUGUCGGUCGUCGUCGCGGACUUGUAUUCGGAGGAGGAGAGACCGGCCAUUCUCUCGAGAAUAUUCGGCAUCAUCUUCGCCGCCCAGCUGCUCGGGAUGGCCAUAACUGGGUUGGUCAUAUCCAUCAACCCAUGGAUACCAUUUGCUAUGAGCGUGAUUAUGUUGAUGAUUGGGUGCGUUUUCACAUGCUUCCUUCCUGAAACUCACCCAAGGACAACAGCAGCGAAGAUAAUCCGCCCCUGUUCACCAUCAGAAUCUGCCAUUGGAUCUGAGGACCAAGGUCGCGCUGAUUCGGCGAAUUCUACUUUACUUGAUACGAUGCGCCAGGCAAUGAAUACCGUAUAUGCAAUUAUGGCCAACAGAAGCGCGCGGGGGAUCAUUGUUUGCCUGCUUGCGGAGGGCAUGGGCACUCAAAGCACCUCACUCAUCCUACAGUAUGCAUCAACGCGGUUUGGAUGGACCUACGCAGAGGGGACCAACCUCCUUGUCGUCAAAUUGGGCAUCAGCACCGGCAUACUGCUAGUCGUUUUCCCCUGGCUUUCUCGCGUCUUAGCUACCAAGCUUUCCUCGGACCAAAAGUGGCUCCAAAAAGCCCUGGUACAAGUUAGUUUGGCCUUUUUAAUGAUGGGCUACUUCGUGGUAUUCUUGACAGGACACAGUGUCGGGCUUAUAGGGGGUAUUGUGACCACCGCGCUAGGGGCAGGCGCUGAAUUGGCGGCGCGCAACCUCCUGAUGGCGGUUGUGGAGCCAGAGAUUCUCGGGCUGGCCUGCUCGGCCAUCCCGCUGGUUCAAUCGAUUGCGUCUCUUUCAUCUGUGCCGAUGCUUGUUGCUAGUUUCCGAUGGGGCAUCCGCCAGGGCAACGGCUGGGUGGGGGCGCCGUUCUUGAUUGCUACAGUCCUGUGUGCACUGGCGAAUGUGGCCUUGACGAUGGUGCGAGUGUAA